AGUGCCGGCGCCGCUGGAGACGCGUCGAGUUCACCGACGCGCCAGGUCUGCCGACGCGCCGUGUUCGCCACCGCGCCAGGUGUGCCGACGCGCCGGGACAUUCGUUAAGCCGAGUCGGCGUCUCGGUCAGUCUGUGGUUGGUGCAGUGACCUGCUGUGGCGGCGGAACAGUGCUGACAAAUUGAGUUUACCGCACUUGGUGAGAUUGGGCCUGGUGAGUGGUCCGACCUGCGAACUCGCGAUACCGCCAUGUGAUGAGACGCAGUCUCCGGCGCCGUUGGUGUUAGUGUCCUGUGACGAUCUGCAGUCUCCCAUGUGUGUGCUGUGAUCGAGUGGUGUCGCCUGACGGCGGACAGUGGCGCAGUGUUCUCCCUGCGAGGUAUCGCCAUGGACGACGAGCGAACCAAGACACGGAUUCGCGAGGAACUGUCGCGCAGCGGCGCUGCGAGCCGAGCUAUCGAACAUUUCAAUAGAAUCGCCGGCGGUGCGGGUGGAGGUAACAGCGGUGGCGGAGCUGUGCAAAAUGCAGCUGAGAGGGUCAGCCCGGCCAAACCGCAUCACCAUCACCGACACACAUGCAAAAAGCACAAGGAGAGGGCUCAGGAGCGGGCGCAGGAGCGGGCACUACGAGACACUACCACAGCUGUAGAGGUGGAGUCUAAGGCCAGCCGACCGCCACAUACCAACUACGAGCCGAUUGAGGUGCCGGAGAGGGAGCCCAAAGCCGCCAGGGCGCGGAGUCAGACCCCGGCGGCUCUACCGGUCCGACCGACACGGCCUGAGCUGCGGACUGUGCCUGAAGAGCCGCGACCGAGCCGGACAGAGUCUCGACUGGCGGAGGAGCAGACCCGGCCCGGCAGUCAGGCGGCGCGACCGACCCCCCUCACCAAGGCGGACAAGACAACACCGGAGCGACCGCCCGGCCCGCCUGUGGAGCAGCUCUGGCCCAAACACUGGGGAGCCUACAGCGACAACCCGGACCGGGACAGCUUGGACGGAAACCUGCCGUCGAGCAGCCAUGGCACGGCCACCAACCCCCCUCCGGCGCCGCCGCUCGGCCCGCUAGCCACGCCCGCCAGCUUCACCAAGGGACCCAACGCCAAAAAGAAGCACAAGAAGCUGAAGGCGGACGAUACCGUCGCCUCAACUGAUAAAGAGAAGACGAUGAAGCGCCAGGACUCUGAGAGCGGCGACAGCGCCUGGGAGGAGACCGAGCCAUGCACACACAUGUGGGUGGUCCUGUCGUCGAUGUACGGCAAGCUGGUGGUGCUGCUCACCAUCGCCUUCUGCCUCACAGAGGUGAUGGACAACUCCAUCCUGCCGCUGACAUUCCAGGGCGUGUUCAUGAUGUACCUCUACGUGGGGAGCAUCAUCGCCAUCCUGUGCAUCUACAUCACCGUGGUAGCCGACAACAUCCCCAGCGUGACGUCCUCCAAGCAGGACCUGACGCAGGCCGACCCGGACAUCACCAGCCUGGCCAGCUUCGGCACGCUCAAGAGGGCGCACAUCUCACGCUCCAAGACGACGCGCACCAGCUUUUACCUACGAGUCGGCGCUCUUUUGUUUGGUUUCGGCACGCUGGUGUUUAACGGUCUGGAGAUCGCCAUGCGCUCCACCACGGACACGGCCUGCAGCGGCGAGCUGUCGUUCGCGCAUCCCAUCCUGCAGGCCAUCUUCACCUUCCUGCAGAUGCACUUCCUCUUUGUCAACUCAGAGGUCGUGGUCGAGAAGUUCGGUCAGAUGGCGCGUUUCGGCUUCAUCCAUCUGGUGGCCACCAACCUGUCCGUGUGGUUCCGGAUGGUGAUCUGGGACUCGGCUCACGAGUGGGUCCACUUCGUGCACCUGCACGCCCAGCCGGACCGGCCGCUGCAGUACGGCGGCACGCCCAGCCCCAGCGCACUGCGGCUGCAGGGUUUCCCGGGUCUGAAGGAUCUCGGCUACGAGGGCUACCUGGACGUGGACGUCACCACGGAGGCGUCUCCGGUGGACCGCUCGCUGGACCUCGGCAUGCGCGACUCGGGCGUUCUCUACUACGGAAACCCCUUCACUUCAGGAGCAGAGUCUGUGACGGCACCGUGCGUCAACGGAUCGCUGUUCUCCUUCACAACUGCGCAUGCCCAGCGGGUAAUGCGGCUCUACCAGUGUUACAACAACAACACGCUCGGACAGAUGUGGACCAAGUCGAUGCCCUACCUGUUCCCCUUCAUCGUCGAGUACAGCCUGAUCGCGGCGGCGGUGACCUACAUCAUGUGGAAGUCUGUCGGCCGCGAGCGCUCCAAGCAGGCAGAGACCAAGAAGGCCGACUCCGACAGCACGCUGGACUCUCGGCGACGGAAGCAGUGGCGCACCGACUGCCGCGCCGCCUCCAAGGGCCUCUUCCUCGGCCUGCUCUGCCUGGUCGGCGGCAUCGUGGUGCUCAUCAUCUUCUUCGUGAUGAAGGACACGACCGAGUUCCAGGGCCAGAUGUUCUGGCUCUCUGCCGGCACUCAGCUGGUGGUGCUGAGUCUCUCAGUGGUAAUGACCCUGGUCGGGUUCUACCAGGUGCCGAAGCUGUCGGUAACCCACAAGAAGAAGCCGCUGCAUCUGGACUCGAUGCUCAGCUCGGUGACCAUCGUCGGCGUCUACCUGCUGGGUAUUUUCGGUCUGAUCGUGGGCGGGAUCGAGCUGAACGAGCCGCGCCACCUGGUGCUGUUUGUGCUGAACGUGACGCUCAUCGUGCAGACAACCUGCCAGGGGAUGCUGGUCUCGGAGGCCAGCCGCCGGCAGUGCGCCACCCGGCAGCAGCAGAUGGCCAAGCCCGGCCGACAGGUCAUCACCUUCCUCCUCUUCUCAAACGUCACCCUGUGGAUGAUGGACACGUUCAUGUCGCACCACUGGCUCUCGCAGGAGAUGCAGUUCAACUACUAUGGCUUCCUCGCCUGGGGCAUCAUCUCUCGCAUCAGCCUGCCGCUGAUGAUCUUCUACCGCUUCCAUCAGUCUGUCAUUCUUGUGGAGAUCUGGAAGAACACGUAUAAGACGCGUAGCGACUAG